AUAAGCUCUGCAGUGAAAGGGUGCCUUGCUUGCACGAGUAACUUUGGAUAUAUGAAGUUGAACAACUGGUUGUUUUUUUGUUCUAAAGUCCCAACUUUAGGGUUUGGCUGUUUAGCGUGCGCAGAUUGAUCUGUUGAGUAUGUUAGAUUACGCGUUUAUUUUAUUUGCCACUAUUCCCAUACUGUACCGGGUUCCAAAAGUACAGUACUAUGUCAAAUUUUCCGUUUUCUUCUUAUUGAUCUUUAUUGGGUCAUUUAUUUGUUCUAUCCGAUUGGCUUUCAAAGGCCGAAGAUAUGAAAAUGCUUGGAUGUUUGUAAGAUAUCUAGCAUUUUCUGGAAGGAUGGUUGGUUUAAAUCCUGUUGUCGAGGACGGCCAUCUUCUGUCUGGGGAACCAUGUAUUUACGUCUUGAAUCAUCAAAGUUGCAUAGAUGUCACAGGUGUGGGCGACAUAUGGCCGAACCGCUGCUCGGUAGUUUCCAAAGCUUCACUAAAAUUCAUGGGAUUUUUGGGAAUAGUUAUGUGGCUGAGCAAGACUAUUUGCAUUGAUCGAUCCCAUCAUACUGAUGCUAUUUCUGCCAUGGAGAAAGCUGCCAUAGAAGCCAAACAGGAUAAGGUCUCGGUUUUCAUUUUUCCUGAGGGCACAAGAUCCGAUGCCGGUCAUAUUUUGCCUUUUAAAAAGGGAGCAUUUCACAUGGCCAUCCAGUGUCAAUUUCCGAUCCAACCUAUUGUUAUUGAACCGUAUGCAAAGUUCCUUGACCACAAAAAGAAACUUUUUAAAAGUGCCACUUACAAAGUGAAGGUCCUACCGAAAAUUGACACUAAGGGGAUGAAUAAAUCACAAGUUGAUCAACUUCUCAAUGAAACUCGUGAAAGAAUGGUUGCUGCAUUUGAAAUGAUGAAAGGAACAAUUUCAAACUGAAUGGAUUUUUUAUACUCAUGAGUCAUAUACUUUUGUUAGUACAUUAUGAUGAGCAAUAAUUGUUUUUAUUUUCGUACCUAAAUUUACAAAAUCCAACUUCCCAACUGGUAUUCUAUACUAAAUUAGUACCUUCCGUCCGAAAAAACAUUUUAAAAUGAUUUAUGUACUCCCAAAACCACAAGAAUUAUACUCGAAUAUGAAGUGCUACAUUUUAGUGUUUUCUCUAUUUUGAACAACAAUAAAAAACUAGUGAGUACUCUUGCACACGAAUAGAGUGCUGAUUCUUAAUGACGAGGAUCUACAACGUGUGAAUGUACGGGAAUGGAAUUAUAACGGUGACUGAGUAACGAUGAAAAGAAUUUUCUCCUGAAGGUAUCUGGUUAUGACGGGAUCAUUUGGCGACAAGCCUAGUCAUGGUCUUCUUAUCAUUUAGUCAGUGGUACAACACUUUUUUUUUGUAUAUUUAAUACAUUGACCAUACGUAUGAACAAUUUAUAAUAAAUAAGCGAUUUACCCUUGAGGAUAUGAUUAAGUGUUCAUUUGAUUUUGAAAUCAUCAACUAAGUAGUUAUCCCCCGUUUAAAUCUCCAUUGUCGUUGAGAUAUUUUUUUACUUUUCAUCUUGUUAAUUUUUGCUCAGCUUGUUGUAAUACGCCAUGUACUAAAACCAUAUGGGCGUUCAUCCCAGAUUGUACUCUAGUGAUUAACUCUCAUUUAUAUAAAACUUGUAAUAUUUCAUCUUCAUUAUUUUAAUCAUGGAAGAAAGAUAAUAUACAUCCAUGUGAUCAUUCAACCAGAUUAGCUUGCCG